GCCGCGUCCCGCGUCCCCCGGCGGCGGGCGGCGCUGUGCGAGAAGAUGGCGGGAUCGGUGGCCGACAGCGAUGCCGUAGUGAAACUAGAUGAUGGGCAUUUAAACAACUCCUUGGGCUCUCCAGUUCAAGCCGACGUGUACUUCCCACGACUGAUAGUUCCAUUUUGUGGGCAUAUUAAAGGUGGCAUGAGACCGGGCAAGAAGGUGUUAGUGAUGGGCAUUGUAGACCUCAACCCAGAGAGCUUUGCAAUCAGCUUGACCUGUGGUGACUCGGAAGAUCCUCCUGCCGAUGUGGCAAUCGAACUCAAAGCUGUGUUCCCAGACCGGCAGCUACUUAGAAAUUCUUGUAUAUCUGGGGAAAGGGGUGAAGAACAGUCAGCAAUCCCUUACUUUCCAUUCAUCCCAGACCAGCCAUUCAGGGUGGAAAUUCUUUGUGAGCACCCACGUUUCAGAGUGUUUGUGGACGGACACCAACUUUUUGAUUUUUACCACCGCGUUCAAACGUUAUCUGCAAUUGACACCAUCAAGAUAAAUGGGGACCUCCAGAUCACCAAGCUUGGCUGAUGUUGUUUAAACCACUUCUGUUCCCAGUAGGAUUAGGUGCCACAACUGUCUGACUGUUGGUCUGGAGGAAGUGUCCUAGCAAGAUCUGGAGACUCAAAAAGAAAACAAAAACAAAGGCAAGCUUCACUGUCUCUUCUUUCUGUGCAGUUUAAACCCAAAAUGACAACUUCAACAGUGGUUUGCCCUUAGGAAGAAAGCUGUUGGGACAAAGACACCGAGCCAUUAUUCCCAGAACAAAGUAAUACAUUUAUGCUGGAUUUUAUUCAGACCAAACUAGAAUGGAUUUGUGAUGAUUUGUGAUUUGGUAGCAAAUUAUUCAUCUUUCAAAACAAGGUGAUGUUUAGAAACAAAAGUGCUAAAGACAUUAAAAAACAACAACGGUACACCGAAAUCAACGCAUUCUGCACUGAAGUGGAAUUGGGUAGCACAAACAACAUUUUAGUCAGGGUAUUUCCGUGGAAUGUAGACUGUUCAAGGUUUUUUCUUUUUUUGUACAGCACAAUGUUAAUUCGGAUUUUUGAAGCUUUCUCAUAUUCUCAUAUUUAUUUAUACUCAACGUAUGUAUUAGAAAAUGAGCAAUGUCUCAAGAACAGCAAGUUAUAAACUUUUGAAUGUACAAAUAUCUUAGGUCCGAGGGGAAAAUUACAUAUUACCAUCAUGAAACAGCUGAAUUUCUACCUUAAAGGAUUGAGUCAUAUUCUCUAUACCCCUAAACUUAGGAUCUAUUGAUACAAAUUACUGUAAGUGUUUUUGGGAAAACUUUGCAACAUUUCGAUAAAACUGCUUUUCAAGUUAUUGUCUGUUACUUAAAAUUCUAUUUACAUUGCUUUUUCUCCUUACUGUGAAUUAGCACAGUAUUGGCUUCUUUAAGAUUAAUUAACUACUUCUCCCUAGAUUUACAUAAUAGCUCAUUAAGUUGUUAUUAAAUUAAUUGAAAACACAUAAGAGGAGGUUGCAUAGACAAUUUUUUAAAUGCCUAUUAUAUAAAUUUUUAAAAAUAUAAUAUGAAAAUGAUUCUGGAAUGCAGUGUAAAGCAAAAGCAAAUGGCCCUGAAUAACUUACUUGGAAAUAAUUUAUAUCAACUUAAGCUGUUGGCUCAUGGCGUAACUUUUCUUAUGUGACCCUCACCAAUAUCUGUAAGCAAUGCCUUUGGAGUUUUAUUGUAGAAGAUGUGUCCUACUAUGUUAGCUCCAAGGAGAUAGUAGAAUAAGAUGGGAUCCAGAUUAGGAAAUGAUCCAAUUAGUUUAUCUGAAAGGUUGACUCCCAGGACUCCAGGUCUUUGAGUCCAGUCAAUAGUUUGAAUGCUUCCAGUUAAAACGUAGGAGUUUCCCUGCACUUAUGGAACUGAUCAAAUGUAGAGUGUCUCCAGCAGGAGGCUACAGGACUGUAACUGUCACAAGACAAGGGAUGUUGGAGUCCUGGGCACGGAACUUCACAAGCUGCAUUGGCCCCAAAGAGAAGGACCCUUGGCGUUGCUUUGGUCAGGUUGUGGGGGAAGAAAGGGUGCUGGGGUGGGGGUAUAAUUUAUAUAUAAUUUAGGUUUUGUUUGUACAGCAUACUGCAUCUUGUUAUGACACGUCCUUGUCCUGCUUUGCUUUUGAGUUUUUACAACAUGCAGAGGCACAGAAGUGGCCACGUCAUUUUCAUGUGUCACGAAUGUAGACAGUGUUUCAGUACCAAAGUCAAACUAAAAUUGUGAAUUUUUUAUAGGUGAUAUAUUUGGAUUCUUCUCAGCUUUGAAACUGUCUAGCAUAGUUCCAUUGUGGUAUAUGAGAAGAUAGUUUAUCCAACAAGACUGGCUGUACAUUGAAAAGCUUUCUGUACCAGCUGACUUAUUCAGCCUUAUUCAGCCAUGACGGCUCUUGUGUGGCUCUAGGUAUUUUCAAGCCCUGUGAUUAACUUCUCUUGGCUUGUAAAGCCACUGAAUUUUGAGGAGUGGUUGUAGAGAGACAUAGAGGGUACCCUGAAAUGUAUUCAUUGAGGUUUUGAUUCAACUUAUCAUGGAAGACCCCCACGGGAGGACUCUUGAGUGGCCCACCAUUCCCACCCACUGCAUAAUUCAGCAGAAACUAGAGGAGCCGGGAGUAUAACUGAUUGGAAUUGACACUCUGUUCUCUCUACCUAUCAGCUAACUCAUUAGCAGCCAAGCCUUUAGGCCGCUUAGCAUGAAAAGACAGUGUUAACCCUUCCCUCUCUAUGAGGUCAGUGGGAACCUCUUGAAUAAGCCUACUGGGAUUCAGCUAAAUUAUGUGAUCUGGUUCAGGUAUAGCUAAAUUAGUAGGGGGCUAAUCCAGCUUGUACUAAUCAUUAGCUGUAAACUGGAAACAAUGUUCACACUCUCUCCUUGGCCUUUAAGGUCUAAGGCGGGAAUUUCAGGAUGGCAAGUGCAAUUUAAAGCUUCACAGGAAAGUAUUUGGGUAUGUAACGAGGUAUUUCUGACCAGAGCCCUAGUUUUGCAAUAACCAAAACCAAGGAGUAUAAAUAACAGUCAGGCUCUGGGGGAAUAAAAGGCAGGCUUUAGACAAUCUGUUCAUUUCUGCAGCAAAAUUGGAGUGAAUGUUUUUAAUCUACUUAAUAGUUAGCAGAAGUGACUUCCACUUUCUGGGCUAUCCCAGAAUUGUCUUAAAAGUAUUAUUUUUUUUACUUUUGAAACCCCAUUUCAAAUUUUGCCAACCUCAGUUCAAAACCUCCUAAGAGAUCACUCUUAGGAUUGAUGAUUUGUUAAAAUGUCAAAUACUUUCAUUUGUAUUAAAAAGAAUAUAUCCAGAAAGAGGGAGGGAACCCUGUUGCCUUGAAAGAAACAGCCUUGGCAUUUUCCAUCAUUAAUGUAGAAAUAAUGUUCCUAUGAUGACAUAUUUUCAAAGAAACACUUUCUUAUUUACUGCGUGGUGUAAAAUGUUGCUAAAUGUGUUGUUACAUUAUGUCACUGCUGAAAGUUAUUUGCACUAUAAUAAAGGAAUUUUCUACAAAAUGGUUUCUAAUUUAUAGGAUGCUAAAUCUGGCACCAGGUAUAAUGUACUUAUUAGCAUAGACCAGGUGGUGUAGCCUUGGUCCCUCACUUUCACAUUUAUACUCCAAGACCACUUUUUCAUGUGUUUCCCAUGUUGAAAAUGGGAAGGAAAGUAUCUCAGGGGCCCUCAGAGAUCUAAUGAGCUUAUGUUGUGGAUGUGAUGGGUUCUUUUUAAAUAAAAUUUGCAUACAGCAAAUUCACUUUUUUCAGGUGUACAGUUCUACGAGUUUAACACAUGCAUAGAUUCAUGUAACUAUGAUCUCAAUUCAGAAUCAUUCCAUCACCCUAAAAAAUUAUCUUGUGCUUCACCUUUGUAGUUAAACUUGCCCCCCACUCCUAACCCUACUCAAGCAACCACUGAUCUGUUCUC